UGGCGCCAUCCUGAAAGAAUGCCUUCACUGUAAAAAAACACAGAGAGAGCAGUGCAUUCAGAGACAGAGGGAGUGAGCACUAGCGAGAGCGAGAGAGAGAGAGAGAGAUAGAGGGCGGGAUGGAAAUAGAGUAAGGGAAGAGGGUUACUACUACUGUGCAUACACACAGAUUUGAUCAAACUUGUGUUCAGUCAGAAGGCAGAAAACUUAUCCAGAUCGAACCGGGUCGGCCUGAACCGUCAAACUCACUUGUUGAGUCUACGCAACGCAACAGCAUACUGAGAGAAAAACUUGCGGAACUUGACGCGUGUUUGGAUGUGUACUCGGACUUAUGACCAACAUUAGUAUAAAUGCAUUUGACUUUCACAAGUUAAUGCGCGUUUAUUGAACGGACGGAUCCAGUUUGACAGAGAGAACACAAACGAACGGACGGACUUUGUAAAACAAAUUGUCUUGUUCAAUUUCAGGUGAUCGGAAGUAAAAAAAAAAAAAUCAGUGGAUUAAACAAAGGAGGAGUUUGGACUUUUUUUUUUGAACUUUCGUGUUGUGUGUUUCGCUGAGUGUAUGAACGCUUGUUAAAGAAAUAAAAACUAAAAACGAUGGAAGUAAGUCCGGAGCAACCCCGUUGGAUGACCCAUCAUCACUCGGUCAUUAACGGCCAGCAUCCCGAGACACACCACCCAGGACUGGGACACUCCUACAUGGACCCGUCGCAGUAUCCCCUCGCGGAAGAUGUGGAUGUAUUGUUUAAUAUCGACGGACAGAGCAACCACCCGUACUACGGGAACUCGGUUCGGGCUGUGCAAAGGUACCCGCCACCUCACGCAGGUACUCAGGUGUGUCGCCCAUCAUUGCUGCACGGCUCUCUUCCUUGGCUCGAUGGAAGUAAAUCUAUCGGCCCUCACCACAGUACCUCCCCCUGGAACCUCGGGCAUUUCCCCAAGACUUCCCUGCAUCACAGUUCCCCCGGGCCUCUGUCUGUCUACCCCCCAGCCUCCUCCUCUUCGCUGUCCGCUGGUCACUCCAGCCCACACCUCUUCACCUUUCCCCCCACUCCACCCAAAGAUGUGUCCCCUGACCCCGCAAUUUCCACGUCAGGCUCGGGCUCAUCCAUACGGCAGGAGGACAAAGAGUGCAUUAAAUACCAGGUGUCUCUGGCCGAAAGCAUGAAGCUGGAUUCGGCUCAUAGUCGGAGCAUGGCCUCUAUUGGACCGGGCGUGUCCUCCGCGCACCACCCCAUCGCCACUUACCCAUCCUAUAUGUCCGAUUACGGGCCGGGGCUCUUCCCACCAAAUAGCCUGAUAGGUGGGUCCUCUUCUAGUUAUGGUUCCAAAACGAGACCAAAAACAAGGUCCUGUUCAGAAGGUAGAGAAUGUGUUAACUGCGGGGCCACCUCGACUCCUCUGUGGCGGAGGGAUGGCACCGGUCACUAUUUGUGUAACGCCUGCGGACUGUACCACAAGAUGAACGGACAGAACCGACCCCUCAUCAAGCCCAAGCGGAGGCUGUCCGCUGCCAGACGAGCGGGGACCUCGUGCGCAAACUGUCAAACGAGCACGACGACACUGUGGCGGAGAAAUGCGAACGGCGAUCCUGUCUGCAAUGCCUGCGGCCUCUAUUACAAAUUACAUAAUAUCAACCGACCACUCACCAUGAAGAAGGAGGGCAUCCAGACCCGGAACAGGAAGAUGUCCAGCAAGUCCAAGAAGUGCAAAAAGUCUCAUGACAGCAUGGAGGAUUUCUCCAAAAGCUUAAUGGAAAAGAACAGUUCCUUCAGCCCGGCCGCCCUGUCGCGUCACAUGACCUCGUUCCCUCCCUUCUCACACUCGGGCCACAUGUUGACCACGCCCACCCCCAUGCACCCCUCCUCCAGCUUGACCUUCGCUCCUCACCACCCUUCCAGUAUGGUGACGGCGAUGGGCUAGAGCGCCCUUCUACCUC